GAAAGGUUGCAUAAAUACUAUAGCUCACACGAUUACGUUUUCCUACAGCGACAAAAAUUACGUUCUAUGAAUCAGAAUGACGGCGAGUCCGAUUUAACAUACGUAAAGAAAAUAAUUGACCUAGCAAAGCUCUGCAAUUACAAAGACAACCAAUUGAUAGAAACAGUAGUCGACGUGAUCCAAGCACAUGCUACUAAUCCAAGAGUCCGUAAGACAGGAAUAAAAGUUCUAAGGAAACGUGGAUCAAUAACAGAUCUUUUGGACAAAGUGCGAGAAUGCGAAAUGGAACAAAUGAACGAUAUAAAUUUCGCAAGGACCCACCAGCAAAACUCUCAAGUCCAACCAUCAGCACUAGUGGCCGCCGUGUCCAACAGCUCUUACCAUAACAAUGGGCCUCGUAUGGGAGGAUUCCAUCGCGGUAACUCACUGUACCAUCAGAAAUAUUGGGGCAUGCAAAGCGGAAGAGGAACAUCUAGACUAACACCAUCGCGGUUUUCAUCAAAUAGACCUUCCGGAGGUCGUCGCGAACCAUGUGGAAGAUGCACUAGCAACUAUCAUUCUUCUGAGAACUGCCACGCCAUCAGCAAAAGAUGUCGCAACUGCCACACCGUAGGGCACAUCGAACGUGCAUGCCGUCAGGGGAUUCAGGAUAAAACCAAACGUCGCGCAGAGGAAGAAGAAGCAGGAUCACCAGCAAUUAAGACCCGGAAGAUCGCGGCAAUUAUGGACAGCAAUAACACGCCCGAAACAACCAGUGAUAAAGAGAUCGAUAUGAUGAAAGUGGCGAGUAAAGACAGCUAUUUACAGUUAACAAAGUCCCCUGAACAGACAACCGCUAUAAAUAAUGACCAGUUGUGCUCAGUCGAGAAGGGAAUCGACAACGAAGGCUUUAUUGUCGGAUAUGUCGCAGGCGUUCCUGUGAAUUUCAUGAUUGACUCCGGAGCGGACGUGAACACAGUAGCUGAGGAUAUUUAUGAAGAGUUAAGAGCAAGUGACCCUAGAACGAACCCGAUAUAAAAUAUAAAAGAUGGAACCGAUCGGACAUUGAAAGCUUACGGGGUACAGAAGGAAAUUCCUGUGGUUGCUUCCUUCAUAGCCGAGCUCUACAUAUCUGAAGAACGCCCAAGAUCUUUAGAAAAAUUCUACAUUAUUGCAAAAGCAAAGCCUUUGCUUAGUAGAAGUACAGCAAUUAGAUAUAGCGUGCUGCAAUUGGGCUUGAACGUGCCAGUAAAAUGUUGCGCAUCAGAAAUCUAUAAUCGGUUGUUAC